AUGUCAAAGAUUGGAGAUUUAUCCAUUAAAGCAAACCCACCAACUCUUACUUUGACGAUGAAUAGUGACAAGCAAGCUCAAAAGAUGAUAUCGACAAUAUCAAAAUCAAUCAAUGACAUCAAUCCUACUUUUUUGAAAAAAAAUAAGAUUCCAAACCUAGGAAGAAGAAAUAUAAUCACGGGCUGCAGUAUCAUGCCUACUGGGGAAAUAGUUUUGGUAGAUGAUAACACUGAUAGUCUAAUAAUCUUCAAUGAAAACGGAUUAUUCGAUUGUGAAAUGCCUGUAUCUGCUUUAACGGUUGAUGCUACAUAUAUUGAUGAAAAUACCGUUGCUGUCACCCGUAGUGAAAAUCCUUCUCAUAUAGUAAUCUUUAACAUCAGAAAUAAAAAGAUUGUUAAAAUGAUUAAAACGUCCGGACAGUGGUACGGCAUCACGAAUAGAAAUGGAAAAUUAGUAUAUUAUGAAACAGGAAGUGGUAUUCAAACAGUAGAUGUCAAUAAUGAAAGUACUAUCAAUACAGUAGUUAAGAUCGAUGACGAGAAUCAUUGGAACUAUGUCGCAACAUUAAAAGACAAGAUAUACCAUGCAAACUAUUAUUCAGAUACCGUCACAUGCUACACAAUCACAGGACAGAAGGUUUGGGAAUACAAAGACGAAUCAAUAUUGAAGGAGCCUCGUGGAGUAACUAUUGAUAACGAUUCCAAUGUAUAUGUGGCUUCCAGGGAGAAUAACCGUAUCGUUGUAAUUUCACCAGAUGGAAAGUACGCCCGUGAACUGUUAGGAGGAGAACAUAAAAUUGAAGAGCCUUAUUGUAUUCAUUUUGACCAAAACAGAAAUAUUCUUCUAAUUUCUAACUCGCGUGGUACAGCCUUUUUGUAUAAAAUUACGUGA